GGCAGAUCCGAGACCGAGAUCUCGGUGGCCUCUUCUUCACCUGUUCCCAGCCCACAAGAAAUCGGGGAUUUUACGCCUGCGCCAUGUGCUCUGCGGGAUCAGGCUGGGAUCGGGCCAAAAGGACACUGUUACGGCAGUACGGUAUUCGAGAUGAAGAUCGCCGCAGCUGUGAUUAUCCUGCUCACUGGGAUUGCAUUUGGAAAUGGACAAAAUCCUGUGUCAUUCCUGGAACCAAAUUGCGGAGUCUCGAUUUCGAGUUAUGGCAAUGGUAAUGCGGUUCCCAUGAUUACCAAUGGCCGGCCGGCUGAUAUGUUUGCUAAUCCAUGGAUGGCAUUGGUACAUAGUGGCGCAAGUAUGUGCGGUGGAUCCCUCAUCACGAACCGAUUUGUUCUUAGUGCUGCGCACUGCGUAUCUAAUAACCACACGGACAUAUACCUAGGCGAGUUCGACACGUCAACCGACACGGAUUGUUCCACUACUGCCUGCAUGCCGAAGGCCAUUAAAAUUGCGGUCGAUGCGUAUGUAAAACACCCCCUUUAUGUGCAUUACACCCAAAACGACAUAGCCCUGUUCCGACUGGCCACCAAGGUGGAAUUCACUGACUACGUAAAACCAAUCUGCCUACUGAACAACUUCAAUCUCUUAAACUACGUUACCGCUCUGACUGCCACUGGAUGGGGCCUCACAGAGCAGGGAGUGCCUAGCCGAGUCCUAAGGACAACAACCCUUACCCAAGUGGAUCGCUCCUACUGCUCGAGAAUGUUUGGAACCCCAGUGGAUUGGUCUCACAUCUGUGCCUGGGACUACACUUCAGCCACGUGCAAUGGCGAUUCGGGUGGCCCAAUAUCCGCUAAAAUAACAAUUGAUGGUAUGGCCCGAGUCGUUCAGUUCGGUAUAGUCAGUUAUGGACCCCAAAAAUGUAAGGUCACGGGGCUCACGGGGGUCACGGGGGUCUAUACCAACGUUUUGCACCAUAUGAACUUUAUCAUUAAUGCCGUGCGACUUGCCGAUGUUUAGGUCUCGGAUAAAAUAAGUAACUAUUAAACGCCUUGGUUUUAUUUUAGUUGAUUUCUGAAUAAAUGAUUCAAAGCAAGCUCGUA